CUUUUUUCGUUUUGUUGGUGAUUCAAAGUUUAGCGCUGGCCACUGCGGAUCCAACCUCACAUCACCAUCACGGAUGCAUCAUGGUAGCACCCCAUCCUCGGAGCAUGCUGAUACUGGGAAAGUAUCCGAACUCGCGAUCCGGCCUCGUCCACAGGCAACCGGGCAACCAACUGCCACCGCACGACUUGGCUUUGUGACUUCUAUUUCUCUCUUUCACUUUCCCAUCAGACGUGCAGCAAACCUCCAGAACCACUUUCGUACACUGCCUGAGUUGUCUCUCCCUCCAUCCUGGGUUGUGUCCCUAGGCAAGACAAUCUCGGGUGGUGUUUUACCUACCUUUCCACAUUGCAUACCUUCACUCACCCCCCCUCUGCCCCCCGAAGCUACCGUUCGCUCUGGCACUACCGCGAGACAUCCGAGUCACUCGCACAAAAAGCACGGAGGAGGAGGAGACGCUAUGGACACGGUGGGCACGACCUGCCGACAUUCCCUGGUCGACAGGCCCUUACUUCCUAUCUCCUCUUCUCUCCUGUGACGUUUCGCGUCUACGUCCAGCCUCUCCCCUCGUGAGCAACUGAGCCUAGCUGGCAAUUUGCGCACGAUCAACGCCGGGGUUCCUCACUGCGGCUCUCGUUCUAGACCACUGCCAUUGGGACCGGGCGUCUUGACCAAGUGCCCUGGAGCCUGAUAACUGGAGCGGAGUGAUGGGCUGGCGGGGUACUUUAAUUAUGCAUG